UCGUGGGCACGUUUGCGCCAGGUUUGCGCACGUUUUUCGGACGGGGAGGAGUGAAAAUCUGAUCUGUCGUUGAAGAAGUGUCUCUCGCAGGGCGACGCACUCGACCGACUGCUUUUUGUGAUUCUAUCUCAGAGUUUAGUAAACUAAGGAAGCGAACCCUUGCGAUGGCCGACUCAGACGCGAAAAAGGUUCUGGAAUACAAAGAGCGCGUCAAGAAACAGGCCGAGGAGCUCGUGCUGAAGGAGUUUCCUCGGAAAAUCGUGGUCUUGGAUGAGCUUUUGAAGACGAGCGACUUCAACAGGAAGAACCUGGAGGAGGUGCACGAAUCGCUCAAUAUUCCUGUCCCAGAACCGGUCCAGCUAAACAGCCACUCUGAGCCCGUGAACAAGCGGUGGAAGGCUGACUCGAAGCUGGAAGAAAUCACGGGCACCAAGGUGAUGGCCCUGACCAACGGGGCCGUGCCCUGCAACAAGCACCUCUGCAACCUGGUCUUCCAGGUCAAGCCGCACGUCCGGCAGCUCGUCGAGGAUUCCAAUGUGCUGAAGAUGUGGGUGUCGUUCCUGAUUCCAAAGAUUGAAGACGGAAACAACUUUGGCGUGUCCAUCCAGGAGGACACCCUGGCCGAAAUCCAGUCUGUAGAGUCUGAGGCCGCUGCCUUCUAUGACCAGAUUUCCCGCUACUUUCUCACCAGGGGCAAAAUCGUCUCAAAGGUGGCCAAAUACCCGCACAUUGAGGACUACCGUCGGGCGGUGGAGGAGCUGGACGAGAAGGAGUACUUGAGUCUGAUGCUGGUGCUGUGCGAGGUGCGCAACAGGUACUCGACCCUGCACGACAUUGUGACAAAGAACCUGGAGAAGAUCAAGCGGCCGCGCUCAUCCAACACCGAGUCGCUCUACUAGACGGACGGACAGUCGGACGACCGCGUCCGCACGCAAAUGUGAUCGCAGCGCCCUUUGAGCGCUUUAAUUCCUUUGAGAAAGACGCAUUAUUUUUUAUUACUCACAUCUCCACUCACCCCCAGAAGAAGCGGCAGCAGAAAAGCAGGACCCUGGCUGGCCAUCUCUCAUGUUUUUGUUUGUAUUUGUGCGAGGGAUUGUUUCGCGGUUGGCCCCCCACCACGCCAACUCAAUAAAUUACCAAUUCUCAUAAAACAAUCCUCA